AUGGCGGAGCGCCUCGUCCCGCUGAAGCGCCUCCGCGCGCUCUCCUCGUCGCAGGCGGCAGGGGCUGGCGGUGAGGAUUCAGGGGUUAGGGGAUUAUGGAUCAGAUUCAAGCCGUCUCACAGCAAAACUGUUCCCCCCCCCUGUUUUCAAAAGCUUUCCAUCCCUCUUCCUCCGUUCUUCGGCUGUCUCGCUCACCUCUUCGCCGCCUUCUCUCUGCGCAAUGCACGCCUUCCGCUGACCUUCACGUCCCGUCCCUUCCCGUUUCUUCCCUUUCCUUCUGUUCCCGCCCCUUCUCUUUUUUUCCUUUCCCUUCACUUCCCUUCUCUUCCCAUCCCCGUUCGUCCCCCCGUUUCCUUUUUUUUUUCUUCCCUACCAUUCCCUUCCUAUCCCUUCCCGUCGCAUCCCUCACCUUCCCUCCCCGUCUUUUGUGUGCUGUCCGCACCUCGUGCCCACCGCAUGCUGGCACAUAUGGCAACUCACAGGGGUGAGGGGGGCGAGGCUGCAGACGCAGCAAUUGAUGUUGGAAGAGGGGGAUCUUAUAACGGGGAUGUUCUUAGAGAGUCAGAGAUGACUGGUGGGGAUGCUUUGGAAGCUAUGGCUCGUCCACCCAGGCCAUGCCCACUUCCCACUGUCGUCUCUACUCCCACGCCCAGCUUGCGCUUGACCCCAUUCUGCUGCGCCAUGCUCCCUGUCCCUCUCCCAUCCCCUCUCCCCACCGCUCCUCCAUCCCCUCCCCCCACCCCUUCCCCCAUCCCCUCCCCAUUCCUGGUGCCUGCACCCAGACUGGGCCUGGGCGCUCGCUUUGUCUCGCACAGCCAAGCCAUGGGUGCUGGGGGCACUGGGGGAGCGGGUAGAAGGGGAGGAGGGGGAGGAGGGGGAGGAGGAGGGUGGAGGGACGGAGUGGCACAGUCAGCUGCGCGGACUGCCGCUGCAGUGGAGGAGCGAUUGGGGGCUAGAUUGGCUGGGAGGGGGAAGUGGGGAGGUAGGGGGAGAAGGGAUGAGGAAGAGAAGGGGGGAGGAGUGGGAGAUGGGGAUGGGAGUGGAGAGGACGGAGAGGAGGAGAGCCGAGCUGGGCGGUUUGGGAGGAGGGGCAGCAGCACUAUGAGAAAUGUGCAUUCAGUUGGCGGGAAGAAGAGGAAGGGCAAAGAGUAG